AUGGACGCUCAACUGGCCGAGGUCCGCGCCUUGGAGGCUGAGAUCGCUGCCCUGCGGCGGGCGUGCGAGGAACCGCGGGCGGCGGGGGAAGACAGUUGGCGAGCGCAAAAAUCACUUCGAGAAAUUUUUUUUUCAGAUUCUGAAGGAUGGGCCUCCUCAAAAGAUCUGAGAAGUCAUCUUGGACAUUUUUUUUCAGAACUUCGUUUUCUAAGCACACUUACUGGCAUCAGUAUAAGAAAUUACUCCUUUUUUUUAGAGGACCUUACAAACACUGAGAAGAAAGAAAAGAGUAUAAUGAAAGUUCUACAGAGACACAGAUUAUCAGGAAAUUGCCGCAUGAUUACAUUUCAACUUGAAUUUCAGAUUCUGGAAAUCCAGAAUAAGGAGAGUUUAUCUUCUGUUAUUACUGACCUCAACAUAAUAAUGGAGCCCACUGAAUAUUCAGAAUUAAGUGAUUUUGUGUCUAGAGCAGAAGAAAGAAGAGAUCUGUUGAUGUUUUUCCGAAGCCUACACUUUUUUGUGGAGUGGUGUGAAUAUCGAAAGCGCACAUUUGAACACUUCAAGGAGAAGUACCCAGCAGCCGUGCACCUCCCGGAGGGGGCCGCCUCCAGCUGCAUGGCGGUCCGGAGCACCUGCCAGCCAGGGUUCGAGCUGGUCAUCGUUUGGAGGGUGCAGAUAGAUGAAGAAGGGAAGGUUUUGCCGAAGCUGGAUCUUCUACCCAAAGCGCCACAGCAAGCCCUGAAGCUGGACCAGAACCGAGCCCUGGAGACCGCGCCUCUCAGCUUCCGAGCCCUGCUGGGCACACUGGGCAUUGAAGCCGCCCUCGAGAGCCUGAUACAGUCGCUCUGCACAGCGGACUACAACUAG